UUAGUUAGCCAGCGAAAUCGCAGGCAGGCAGUCGGCCUUCGACAACCAGCUCUCUUCAACUCCACCACGCUAGGCAGUCACAUCCAUCCACCAACUCAUAUGUGCGUGUGUGUAUGUGUUGUGUGGGUGUGUGUUGGCGGGCACCGCACCCACUCAGCGGCGCCGCCGGUGGUUGGCAGAACGGGUAUCCGUUGUACUUCCGGAUGGAUGGAUCUUGACCAUGAACGUCGAUCGCUCACUUUGGAUUUGUUUGGAUUCAACUUCGAUGUCAUGGUAUUCCAACGUCUCUUGGCCAUCACUUGAGCUCUCAGCGCUGUCUUCGGGCUCCUGGAGCAGGGAUACGCGCAUAUACAGUCAUGGAGUCGAUUGUUUGUUUCACCGGCGAAUAUACCUGUGUCGUGGCUGUGGGGUGGGGUGGGCUGGCGGCUUAGGCUUGGUCGCCGUCGACCUGGCCGCCUUCCUCUCCAGCUCAGCGGUGCUUGGGGGCGGGGGCGGGCGGUGGACAGGGAUUCGCGACCGGUGUGGUGGUCUUGGGGUUGGAGCGACUGCUGGCGGCUGGCGGCAGGGUGCCUGGUGUCCGCUCUCCCACCGAGAACAGGGCGCGCCGCUGGAAUCGUCAUCGGACUGGUCGUUGGCAGCGGACAGGUCCUCGCCGAGGUUACGCAAGAGCACCCGCAAUUCGCCCUCCACCUGCAAACACACACACACACACACACACAUGCUCUGGAUGGAGGAUGGGUGGAUGGAUUGUCUGGCUGAUAGAUGCAUGCAUACAGACAUACAUCAGUGUGUGUGCUGUCGUGUCAGUCUUGCUUUAAACGGCCCUGCUCCAGUCGUAGGCAGCGUUCAUGAUGCACAUGAGCUCCACGGGCGCGGCGCGUCAAGGGACGUGAAGCGCUUGACGAGAGCACUCAUCGCACACCACAUGUCCCUGCCAGUGUCCAUGAGACACGGACCCUACACAAUGAGAGACACACAUACACACAUGGGCAGUGUGUGUGUAUGUAUGCGUGUCUGUCUGUCCGACUUACGUCUGUUCCCUUGUCAUCCACCUGCAGCGCCCGAGUCCUUCCCUCUUGUGUAUGCGGGUCCCUCUUGUCUAUGCGAUGACAUGGGAACGGGAGCAGGCAAAGGCUGAACAGGGAGGGAGGGAGGGAGGGAGGCAGCCACACAUUAUCACUGGUCGAUCGUAUCGAGUCAUCUGAGAUGGCUUACAUCCUCUCCGAGGCUGCUAUCGAAUCCGCCCCUUGAACGCACAGCAGCACCAACCAUCGACGCACGCAAGUACAGCGUGUAAGUUCUCUCUUCCACACGGUGCCAGGCGGCGCUUAGCAGAUCUCUCGGUCUCUCGGUGGCCGCCGAAGCGGCCAAUUAUGCGUAGACAGAUAGACGAAAGAUGAGAGACAUGAGCACAUUCAUGAUUACCUCCUUCGUGUCUGUCUCACUUACGUACCUGUGGGGCCGCCGGGGCGUCAAUGCGGUCUAUGUGCAGCGCCCGGGAGUUGAGUAUAAUGGGCCAAGAGAUAUAGAAUGUAGACAGCCAUCGGUCUGCACCACGCGCCACCUCUGCAUUCAGUCUACCCGUACGGCAGAGAGAACGUUGAGGACACAGGAAGAACAACGAACAUUCAUCCUGACACCCUGCUGCUCUCUUACCAUUUCUGGCUCCGAAUCUGUCUUUCUUGCUCAGGAGCUGGGCGUCCUUCUUGCUCAGGUCGGUCACAUACUGCAAGCAACAAACAGACACAUGUAUGUAUGUGUAAUGUGAGUGUUCCGCCCGCAUGUCUACCUGCCCGCGUACUCCCAGAUCGGCCAUGAUGCCGGACUCCUGGGAGUUCGAGUGGUCGGGUACUUUCAGUUGCUCUAUGGCCGGCCAAUGGAUGGCGAGUAUGGCACCGAUGACGUCGUCCUCGCUCCUGGUCGUCCUUGAGAUGCCCUUCGAGAGCCUCCAGCUGCUCCAAGAGGACCAACUCAACCUGCGGACCACACACAUAUAUAGACAGACAGACAGACAGACAGAAACAGGUGCAUGUACACCCUCGCGCACAUGGCGCGUGCCGUGCCGUGCCGCUCCUGCGCACCGUUGCGAUCACCCCGAGUUGCUUGAACGACUCCGUGCCCUCCUGCUUGGAUGAGGUAGCGGCGCACGCACUUGGAGAGGAUGCCGAGCUCGUUUGCCAGCCCCUUGAAUCGAGUCGGCGGCCGCGCCCCCAAUGUUCACCUCCUUCUUUGUGCGAUUGGGUGCAUAGCAUUUCCCGAAAGCCCUCUCGUCCUCGUUGUCUGUGCUUUCCUCGUUGUCGGUGAUGGCUGUCUCGUUGCCCGCUGUCAUCGCACUGUCUGGCGGCGCACAGCCUACACACAUUGACAGCGGUCAUGUGUAUUCGUGUGCAUGUGUGUGUGUGCCUGUGCGGUUGGAUGCCUACCUGGCAUACGUAUUGAGCGUUUCUCGACGAUCGUGCUGGGGACGUCAUUGGCUUUGUAGAACAGUAUGUAUGCGUUUGGUCCUGGUAGAAGUGAGCACACCCCAGGCAGAACAAUUAGCUUAUUAUAUGUGCACGGGUGUAUAGAUCAGCACUUGUUUAGUUCUCUCUGACCUUGCAGGGCGUCUGGGUUGAUGGCAUGUUCGAUCUCCUCGUCGUUGAAAUCCACCCACGUCGGAUGGCCGCCCAAGGCUCUCUUGGCUUGUCUGUGGUGGUCAUACAGACAGAGGAGGGAUACAGAGACAUGGAUGAUGAACACUGCCGUUUUAUGUUGCCGCUUAUUGUCGCUUACGCUGUGUAGUGUCCUUCGUCCAGGGUGCCCUCCUGACUGGUCACUGCGUAGAGCUCGUAGACGCGGGCAGUGGUGGGGUCCUCUGUAUGCAUGACACACAACACCAGAGAGAUCCAUGAGUGUGUGAUGCGAUGCCCCUCAUGUCAUGCAGGCACAUACCGGAUGCAUCACACACGCCUGGGAUGUCGCGCACACACAGGCCCUCCGAGGCGUCAAACGUGACGAAAGUGUCCAGCCGGUCGGACAGGCCUUCUCGCCGCUGGAAGCAAUUAAGCGUCAGGAUGAGGACCUCUGGCAGGCGCAUGAUGACUUUGCUGCCCCUGGCGUUGACGUGCCGCUGGCACGUGGGGCAGAACCACUGACCGAUGGGCUGAUAAGAACGUCAGACAACACACAUGGUAAGAACUUGAUGCGUUGUUGUCUUGUUGGUCGCUCGCUUACCCUCUCGGCGCAGUACUGUUCGAGCAGCUUCUUCACGCCGAUUUCCUCUGUGUCGUCGGGCAGCGUCAGUGCGAUACUCAGAAACUUCUCGAAAUUGCGGGAUACUGACCGACCGACCGACAGAUGAGUACAAGCACAUGUCCAUGUACGGUUGGCUUGGUCCACUCACCGUGUGGGCAGUGGGUGCACUGCAUGAUGCUCAUGAUCUGGCCCGCGACCGUGUCGAAUAUGAGUGAGUCCCCUCUCGCUGGACGCCAGAAAACGCACAGACAGGACACAGACAGACAGAUGGCAUGAAUCGACGGCGCCGAUGAAACGGUUCGUCUCCUGAAGGCAUAUGGAAGAAAGAAAGAAACCGUCUAAGGUGUGCCGUAUUGACACUCCACGCGCCCGAGGAAGUCCCCUGCAUCCUCCUGCUAACGAGACAGACGACGCAGAUCAAUCGAUCAAUCAGAAGGCUAACUGCCUACCCACCUACCUGCAAGUUCUGGUAUUGCCACUCACCCCCUUGCCUUCGAAGUCCCCGCUGCCUUCGAAGUCCCUCAACCUGUCUGCAAAUUGACAAUUGCAAGUUGAGCUCAGUGUGUACCUUUCCUUCGAAGAUAUAUCUCGACGAAUAAAAAAAGAAGGCAGCGAUUUUGUGAUCUCCGCUCAGAGAGAGAGAGAGAGAGAGAUUCCAGGCAGGCAGGCAGAUCGACCAAUCAAUCAACAAGACGCGCUGCUUGCGUGCCUUAUUUACUUACGUGCAGGUCUCCGUGCACCAGUCGUUCACGCUGCAACUUCUGCAGUGCGUCCAGAACAUCACGAGCGAUGCGAGCCAUCUGUCCUGGGCUAGCGGCACCACAGUCGAGGUCCUUGAGCAUCACUGCACGCCACACAGACCAGCCACACGCAAAGACAGAUCAACCAAACCAACAUAGCGGGUGUGUGGGUGCCGUGGCUUGCUUAGUUACUGGGGAUCCAUUCCGUUUUGAAUGCCCUUAUUCUCUCCCCUGCCGCCCCUUUGAGGAGGUGGUACACGUCCUCGAUGGCGAUGACGUGCGGGAAGCCCUUCCUGGCCCGCUCGCACCGCGCCCGCCACUCGUCAUUGCCCGUCCACAUGAACCCGUCCACCUAAGCACACACAACACAGCACAACACAACACAAUACAAUACAAUGCAAUACUCACGCUCACAUGAAAUAGAGCAGAGCACGCAUCGAUGCGUGUGUUCGUUCGUUCAUGCGCUCACUCACGCACGCCAUACCACCACUUACCUCUUUGGCGCAGUCGUGGUUGUCGUUGAGUAUCUUGAUGCCCCGCCGGUCGCGCAUGGCGACGACUACGCCAAAGCGGCCGCAUCGCUGCCGCUCGCGGUGCUCGACCGUCAAGCCGUGGUUCUUCUCAAGGCAAUGCUGCAUUAAUUGCAUCAUCACACACACAAAUUGGCAACAUAGGAACACGUGUCAAUUGGCACACGUCACAAUCAAGCCAGCAUGUCUGCCAUGCCGUGCUCCUCACCAGUGCGAUAGCGACUCUGCGGUUGCGCUUGGCCGUCUGCUCAGAGCCACCUCCCUCGCCCUGCAGGAAUUGCAGUCGGUCCAU